CACGGUGCUUUCGCCGAACCUAAACGGUGGGACCCACUCCGUACCCGAACCAAGACAGGCUCGGAUUUCUCUCUAUAAAUACUGCGGAUUUGCGAUUUUCUUGACGCGUCAACUUGUCUGUCAAUCGUCGUCGUCGGUAACCAAUUUCUCGUAGCUGGAGAGAUAAUUCUAACUAGAAUUGGAGUGAAAAAUAAAAAAGGAACAAAAAUCAGAUCAAGAUGGCAUUAGUCUCUGGAGGAAGAUCAACACUGAACCCGAAUGCCCCUCUUUAUAUUCCAGCCGCCUUCCGGCAGGUGGAGGAUUUCUCGCCGGAGUGGUGGCAGCUGGUGACAACACUGACGUGGUACCAUGAGUACUGGCUAAGCCAGCAACAGGUUGAAGGGGGCUUCUAUGCUGCUGAGGAUGAUGGAUUUGAUCAAGAUGGCAAUGAUGUUGUUGAUUUGCUGCCUGAUAUAUUUGAUCUUGAUGCCGGUGAAGAUCUUUCCGUGAUGGAAGCUCAGCUUGAAGAGUUCAUUCGAUUAUCUGAAGAAGAAACUGGACACAAGACAUUUGUGGAACAGAAGAGUAAAGCAUAAAUUGCAAGAGCCAGAGAUGAAGCUUGUAAACGUAACUAAGCAAACAGGCUGAAUGCCAUGGCCUUAAUUAGCUUGCGGUCAUUUAGCUAGUGUACCCCUUGAUGUUUAUCUCUAGCUUUUAACUUUCCAGUAACUCUUGUAUAGCCAAGGUUCCGACUUUUUCUCCUCUCUCUUGUAAACAGGGAAGGAAGAAAGAAAGGUAACAAAAAAAAAAGUGAAAAUAUGUCGUGUACUGAUGUUGUAACUUGUAAGAGAUGUUACAAGUGUUAAAAUUACAAAAAUGACAAAAAAGAUUUUUUUCUUCUGUCA